AUGGCUCUGCUCACCCACUUCCUGGCCUGUGCCUUUGGCAUGGGCUCCUGGGUGGCUGUCAACGGGCUGUGGGUCGAGCUGCCGGUGCUGGUGACAAUACUGCCAGAGCAAUGGGACCUGCCUGCCUACAUCACCAUCAUCAUCCAGAUGGCCAACGUGGGACCGCUCUUUGUCACCCUCAUGCAUCGCUUUCGCCCUGGCUUGCUGAAGGAGGUGGCUGUUAUCUAUGUGAUUGUGUCUGUGGGUGUCUUGGCCUGUUUGCUCCUGGCCUUCUUCUGGGACCACACAACCUCCAUUGCUGGUAGGCCCCGCAGCACUGCCUUCAUGAUCCUCACCUUCUUCUUGGCCUUGGUGGACUGCACCUCCUCCGUCACCUUCCUGCCCUUCAUGAUACAGCUGCAUGCCCGGUACCUGACCACCUUCUUCAUAGGCGAAGGGCUCAGUGGUCUGAUCCCUGCCAUCAUCGCCCUGGGACAGGGCUCUGGCAUCUUCAGCUGCGAGAACGUUACCCGCCUGGUCAACAUCACCAGUGGCAACGAGACCGUGGAGACCACCAUCUUCCACAUGGAGACCCACUACCUCCCAGCCAACUUCUCCACCUUCUUCUUCUUCCUUCUCAUGACUGUAAUGAUGGUGGGCUGCAUGCUGGCCUUCUUCUUCCUCACCAGGCAGCCCAAGGUGUGGGAGGUCUCCCAGCAGCAGCUGUUUCCCAGAAACAUCGUGCUGAGCUCAUUUGACCAGAUCCCAGAUGAGGCAGCUGACUCACAGCUGAACAGAGGCUGUGCAUGUCCAAAGGAUGCCAGGGGAUCUGGGGACGUCCUCCCGGAGAAAGCCCACUACCCCUUGGCCAAGCUCAUCUUCAUCUACUUCCUCACCGCUUGGGUGAGCACCCUGACGAACGGGGUCCUGCCGUCUGUGCAGUCCUACUCCUGCCUGCCCUAUGGCAACGUUGCCUACCACCUGGCAGCCACCCUCAGCUCUGUGGCCAACCCCCUCGCCUGUGUGGUGGCCACGUUUCUGCCCAGCAGGUCCCUGGUCUUGCUGGGCACCCUCACCAUAGUAGGGAUGGGCUUUGCUGCCUACAACAUGACCAUCGCCGUGAUGAGUCCCUGCCCGCUCCUCCGGCAGUCCCAGUGGGGCAGUACCACUAUCGUCCUCUCCUGGGUGCUCUUCAUCGGGACACUCUCCUACGUGAAGGUGAUGGUCGGGGUGAUCCUGCGGAGCUGCAGCCGCAACGCGCUGAUGUGGUACGGGGCACUGGAGCAGCUGGGCUCCCUCCUGGGGGCCCUGCUCAUGUUCCCCCUCGUCAGCAUCUACGGUUUCUUCAAAUCUGCCGACGUCUGCAGCCUGCAGUGCCCAGCAUGA